GCUAAGGUGAGUGUGGAGUAGGCUCUGAGGAAUGCCAGGACAGUGUCCAAAGUGGUGGUGGAAAGCUCAGAUGAUGUCUGACAUGUUCUGUCUUUUCUCAGAAAUUUAUGCUGUUUUCUAAUCGACAUUUAUUUCAGUGUUUGAAACACCCUUGUCUGCUUUCAGUCUGAGUCUGGGAAGAGUGAUCUGUUUGAGCCUGGGAAGAGUGGUCUGUUCCAUUUCUGUAUCCAACUAUCACUUGGCAGGAGGAUGUGCCCUGUGGUGGCUCCAGAGAAAACUGGCUCUUUAGGAACAUUGCCCUUGUUAAUCUUCCACAUGUUCAAGUGCGGUGAAAGCCUUGCAUUUCAUCAUUCCAGAUUUCCUUACCCAGAGCAGACAACACGGAGUUGUCAUGUAGCAAUGGUUUUGUUUCCUGUGGUUUCCCCCUGCAUGUUAUUAACAGUGGAUCAACAAUACUAAAUGGGAAAUUCUAGAAGUUAUAGUUCAUAAGUUUUAAAUUGUAUACCAUUUUGAGUAGCUUUAUCCUGAUGGGAUUCCACCAGCUCUCAGAAAACUGUCUCUAAGACAGAAGUAGAUAAGCUUCCUUAUCUAUCGCAAAGCAGGUGAUAUUGGCAGGGUAGGGUUUCUUUCUGAGAUGACAAAAGUAGUGUGAAACCUGACUUUGAUUAUAAUACUAAGAAUCCUUGCACUGUAUGUGAGGCAUCUGCUUCCACACUUCAAGUCAUGUAAACUGUGACAAGUCAAGGUGUUAGUUUGAAACAAAUGUGAAUACUCAGUUUGAAGACACUACAUUUAGAGGGUCCCAAAUAAGAGUCACACGGCGUCAGGAGCAUCCUAAGUUUUCCACAUACUUUGCUCAGGUCUGUGUUAGUCAGCUUCACAUUACCUUAACAAACCAGCUUAAAGUGCAGGAAGGCUUGCUUGCCUCCAUUUUAUAAACUUCAUUACAUCAUCAGCUGACCCCCUCACUUCCCCACUUGUAUAUAAUAUAUAUACAUUAUAUACAAGUUUGUGGUGAAGUGAUAAUCAGAAACUGCUGGCCUGCGGCAGUGGGAACAGUAGAGGAAGAGGCACACUUUCCUCCAUAGCAUCUUGGACUGGCAAUCCAGCAUUUAACACAUGCGCCUGUGGCACAUUUAAAUCACAGCAGUAUUUUUUACUGCAUGUACAAAGAUGCUGCUUUAAGAAUUUACUUAAGGUGUCAAUAUUGCUCCCGCCAACAUGGUGAAUGUUCCUAAGACCCGCUGGACGUUCUGCAAGAAAUGUGGCAAGCACCAGCCCCAUAAAGUGACACAGUACAAGAAGGGCAAGGACUCUUUGUAUGCCCAGGGAAAGCGGCGUUAUGACAGGAAACAGAGUGGCUAUGGUGGGCAGACUAAGCCUAUUUUCCGAAAAAAGGCUAAAACUACAAAGAAGAUUGUACUGAGGCUUGAGUGUGUUGAGCCCAACUGCAGAUCUAAGUGGAUGCUGGCUAUUAAGAGAUGCAAGCAUUUUGAACUGGGAGGCAAUAAGAAGAGAAAGGGCCAAAUGAUCCAGUUCUAAGCUGCUCUUGUUAUGAAAACAAUAAAAUCACAAUAAAAGUUUAAAUAAAUAAUUAAUACAAAUAUUUGGGUACUUUUAAGCAAAUGAACAUCUAGGUUGCUUCUUAAGGACUUGUAAGGGUUGGAAGAUAUGUGCCUGUGAAUUUAAAAAUAUAAUCAAUAUGCCUGUCUACAAAUCCAUGUCUUUUAAAAAGAUCUCUUGUCUGUAUGCACCUGUUUGUAAGAUUAGGGUGGGAAGGGAUUUUGAAUUUGGACACCUUUCUGAAGGGAAAACAUAUCUUGGUAUGCAUUAUCUCAGCUUUGAGAUUCAAAAUAGAUUUUUAAACUUCCUGGGUAUGCUUCAGAACAAAACAAACUUGUAACUAUUUUAUUUUAAAAACUUACAAAAAGCAUGUACCUACUUGAAGAAAACACCGUAUUUUUCUAAAUCAAGAGUGUGAGAAAUGAGGAUCCAGAUGGUCAGUUCAGACACACU